UUCUGAACAGGAGUCCAGAUUUCAGAUGCAGAAAAGGGCUCAGAAAGGAAAGGCCAAAAAGAUCACUGCCAGCUGCAGGCCAGAGGCUAGUAGAUGAUAGAGCUAGGAUUCAAACCCAGAGCACAACUAGUAGAUGAUAGAGCUAGGAUUCAAACCCAGAAUGCUUAGAAUCUAUGGCCCACAUACUUUCUGUGGCACCAUGUUGAAGAGAAAACUGUGCUCUCAUUUCUACCAUAGGAAAUUGAUCUGGGCAGUAUUGUUAUUUUUUUAUGUCUGCAUUCACUUUUUGCCUAAGAAAAUCCCAAUUUGAGUGAUAACUGAAAAUAUGUAGUUGUGAGAUUACUGACUCUAGAUCACCAUGGCAACUGGACAAAAGUUGAUGAGGGCUAUUCGGGUUCAUGAAUUCGGUGGACCAGAAGUGCUGAAACUGCAUUCGGAUGUUGUUGUACCAGUUCCAAAAGACCGUCAGGUGGAAAUUAUUACUCUACUUAGGCAAUGAUUACUCUGAACAUGAGAUCCUACCACACCAAGUUCUGAUCAAAGUCCAUGCAUGUGGGGUGAAUCCAGUGGAAACUUACAUUCGCUCUGGUACUUACAGUAGAAAACCGGCCUUACCCUAUACUCCUGGCAGCGAUGUGGCUGGGUUAAUAGAAUCUAUAGGAGAUCAUGUAUCUGCUUUCAAGAAAGGUGACAGAGUCUUCAGCACCCGCACCAUCUCAGGGGGCUACGCCGAGUAUGCACUCGCCGAUGAUCACACUGUUCACAUGCUGCCAGAGGAGCUGGACUUCAAACAAGGCGCUGCCAUCGGUAUCCCAUACUUCACUGCCUACCGAGCUUUGCUCCACAGUGCCCAUGUGAAAGCUGGGGAAAGUGUUCUGGUUCAUGGGGCCAGUGGAGGAGUUGGAUUAGCGACAUGCCAAAUUGCUAGAGCUUAUGGCUUAACGGUUUUGGGCACAGCCGGUACUGAGGAAGGACAAAAGCUUGUCUUGGAAAACGGAGCCCAUGAGGUGUUUAAUCACAGAGAAGUUAAUUAUAUUGAUAAAAUCCAGAAAUCUCUUGGUGGAAAGGGCGUUGAUGUGGUUAUUGAAAUGUUAGCUAAUGUAAAUCUUAGUAAUGACUUGAAACUUCUGUCUUAUGGAGGACGAGUAAUAGUUGUUGGCAGCAGAGGUCCUAUUGAAAUAAACCCACGGGACACCAUGUCAAAAGAGUCUAGUAUAAUUGGAGUUUCUCUCUUUUCAUCCACUAAGGAAGAAUUUCGGCAAUAUGCAAAAGCCCUUCAAGAUGGAAUAAAAGCUGGUUGGUUGAAACCUGUAAUAGGCUCCCAGUAUCCCUUGGAGAAGGCAGCUCAGGCCCAUGAAAAUAUCAUUCAUAGCAGUGGUACUAUUGGGAAAAUGAUCCUUCUCUUGUGAUGAUUAAUACUGUCAUGGACUUUCUGGAUAAUUAAGAGAGUUUUUUUUCCUUGGUACUACAUACACUGUCAUUAACAUUCAUUUGAUUCUGUAAAUUUCAUAUACUAAAAAGAUUUCUCUUUAGGGAGCAGAUACAAUGCGGCAAAUUUUAUUUCAUAGCUGACAACAUUUUCAUGCCUCAUCUCUAACUCAGGUUCAGCGGUCUUCAAAGGAGGAAAUGGCAUGGUAAUAAUGGCCAUGUGGCUUUGGGCUGCAUCUCAGAAAUUCUUACUUGAUUAAUUCUAAACCUUUGACUGAAAUGUGGUAAUUCUAAAUUAGACUGUUAAAUUUGCCAGGAUUUCUGGGCCUACUUUAUUUAUGAGUCACUAAUAAACAAGACAACCCAGAACUGUCUUGGACUCAAGAGUUUCUGGGCUGAAAAAGCAACAAGCACACAAAUAAAAAGUUUUUCUGAACAACUAUUCUCAUCUAAAUCCAUAAAUCUCAUAGAAGGACAGAAAUAAACAAUAUCCAAGGAAAAUUGUUAGCUUUCCCAAUACUUCUCAAAACUAGAGUAUUCUCUGUAUUACUGAUUGAUCACAUGUGCUGCAAGAGCAACCUUAUAUUUACCCUUUAUUUUCAAAUGGAUAAUUCUUGAUUGAUUUGAUUUCCAGAAUACGUUUAGAGUUGCCCACUUGUGUGAAAUAGUUGUAUGUAUGUAUUUUACUUAAAUUACUGAGCUGAUAAACCAACACUUUAAGAGUGGUCUGAAUUUGUUUUUAUAACAUGAUAAUCUAUGAUAAAACCUAUAUAAAAUGAAAUCCUGUGUUUGACUAGUUUGUCUUUGUCAUUUCUACCUUCCAUCACUGCUGCCCAGUUUCUAAUGGUUGCUUGCUAAUGAUUUUCUGUGUGAACUCUUUUAAACAUCUGAAUACCAACAGUAUAGUAUGUCUAGUAAAUUUGUUCUUUUUAAGAUGA